CUUUGGUUUACUGUUGUCAUCGCAGGGAUGGAGAAGUUGCGCGAACAUUUUUCCAGGAUUCGAGUUCCUAAAGGCGGGGACAAAGUGUACAAGGAUGAGUGUAUGUUCUCCUUUGAUACCCCGGAGAGUGAGACAGGGCUUUACAUUUGCCUGAACAGUUUCUUUGGAUGGAGCAAGGAAUAUGUUGCCAAGUACUCAGAACGCUCUGGAAAUUGUGUAUUCUUACACAUUAAGAGAAUCAAAAGAGAGCUUCCUCCAGAGAAAGAACCAGAGCCUGACAAAAAAAUUGCCCGUUUGGCAAUUGGCGUCGAAGGUGGUUUCAACCCUGAUGCAAACAAGAAGAAAUUUGAAUACGAAGACACUAACUCUGUUGUGAUUCUUCCAGCCUUUGAUGUCAUACCCCUGCCAAAUCCUGAUCUCCCAGAGCUUGUACAGCAGAGCAUUAAUGGAGUACUGAAAGCAGAGUCCGCCUUGCAUUUGGCAGAAGUAGAGGCUGCCGCAGGUGCUUGGGAUGGUGAGAUACGACAAGUCACUAAACAUGCUGAUAGCCUACAACAGCUUGAUAAUGGAGUUAAGAUUCCACCAAAUGGUUGGAAAUGUGAAGAAUGUGACAAGACUGAUAACUUGUGGCUGAAUCUUACGGAUGGUAAGAUUCUCUGCGGCAGACGGCAGCUAGAUGGAUCAGGAGGAAACAACCAUGCUGUGGAGUAUUACCAGAAAACAAAGUAUCCACUUGCAGUGAAGCUUGGGACCAUCACCCAAGAUGGCAAUGCCGAUGUCUACAGUUAUGAUGAAGACGACAUGGUUUUGGAUCCUAACCUUGUUAAGCAUUUAGCUCACUUUGGCAUAAAUGUCAAAGUUAUGGAGAAGACAGAGAAGACCAUGUUGGAGCUAGAGAUUGACUACAAUCAGCGGGCCUGGGAAUGGUCUCGUCUCACGGAGUCUGGGGCAAAACUCCUCCCCAAAUUUGGCCCAGGAUACACAGGAAUGAAAAAUCUUGGCAACUCAUGCUAUGUGAAUUCAGUUAUGCAAGUGCUGUUUACUGUACCAAACUUUAUGGAGCGGUAUUUUGUGAAUGGUCCAAGCAUCUUGGAAGGUUACCAGGGAAAUAAUCCAGCUGACGAUUUCAACAUUCAGAUGUUCAAACUUUCCCAUGGUCUUCUGUCUGGAAGGUACUCGGUUGAACCUCCCAACAUCAACUUAGAAGAAGCUGUUGAUACAGAUGACCUGCAGCCAGGCAUAUCUCCUGUUAUGUUUAGAACUUUAGUUGGGAGAGGACAUGCAGAAUUCUCAACCAAGAAGCAGCAAGAUGCAAUGGAGUUCCUUGAACACAUCUUGAAGAUGACCUCAUGUAACUCAGCAGGAGUCACAGACCCAGGAAACUGCUUUAAAUUUGAGGUUGAGGAUAAGUUUGUAUGCAGUGCCAGCAAUAAGGUCCGUUAUGUGACAAGACCUGACCAAUACCUACCGCUCCCAGUACCAGUUGAUGAAGCUGUCAACAAAGAGGAGGUGGCAGCCUAUCAGGCCCGGAAAGCUGAGGCCCAAGCUUCACAGGUGGUCAU